ACUGAUUAGUUUAUAAGUAGCGAAGUGUUUUAUGGUGGAACAGAGAAUCAAUCAAACACCAACUCCUCUGUGCUCAUCAACAACAAUGGCGAUAACACAAGGCAAAUGGAUUAAGUUGAACCAAAAAGGAACGGGACCCGGAGCUCGAAGCUCACACGCAAUCACCAUUGUUGGAGAAAAAGCUUACGCCUUUGGUGGCGAAUUCACCCCACGUGUCCCAAUCAACAACUCCCUCUACAUCUUCAACCUCACCACCCAAACAUGGUCAAUAGCCGAAACCACCGGCGACAUCCCACCGCCACGUGUCGGCGUCACAAUGACCGCCAUCAGCACCACAAUUUACGUCUUUGGCGGCCGUGACGCCACCCACGCAGAGCUCAACGAGCUCUACUCGUUCGACACCUGUACGAACGAGUGGGCCCUACUGUCCACCGGGGACAAUGGGCCCAUUCACCGUAGCUACCACUCCGUAGCUACGGAUGACCGCCACAUGUAUGUUUUCGGUGGGUGUGGGGUCGCGGGUCGGUUGAAUGACUUAUGGGCUUAUGAUGUUGUUGAGAAAAAAUGGGUUGAGUUUCCUUUACCAGGUGAUAAUCUGAAAGGUCGAGGUGGGCCCGGGGUCGGGGUGGUUGGCGGGAAAAUUUGGGUGGUUUAUGGGUUUGCGGGUAUGGAGGUUGAUGAUGUACAUUUUUUCGACCCGGAUAGUGGAAAAUGGAUCGAGGUUGAAACCACGGGUCAAAAACCGACACCAAGGAGUGUGUUUUCGAGUGUUGUGAUUGGGAAGUAUAUAUUUGUGUGUGGUGGUGAGGUGGACCCCAGUGAUUUGGGUCACAUGGGUGCGGGUCGGUUUACCCAUGAGGUGUAUGCGUUGGAUACGGAUGCGCUGACGUGGCGGCGGGUGGAGGAUGGUUUUGGUGGUGGUGAUGAUCACCCGGGCCCGCGAGGGUGGUGUGCGUUUUCCGGUGGGCGGUUUGGUGGUGAAGAUGGGUUGUUGGUGUAUGGUGGGAAUUCGCCGAGUAAUGAUCGGUUGGGUGAUAUUUACUUUUUUACCCCUUGUUUAGAUUAAGGAUUUUAAAAAUGGUGUUUGAUGCUUGGUCGUCUUUUUUCUUUUUUGUUUUGUUUAUUAGUUUAAGAUGUGAGUGGAAGUAUGCUGUGAUUACAUUAAUGUGAUAAUAAAAAUGGCUUCCUUGUAAU